AGCAGCAGGUCGCGGAACGGAAGUUAGGCAUUCAAGCCGCCCAGCCCUCCACUGCUAUGGUGCGUAAGCUCCAGGUAUGUCCCUCCUUGCACCAUUCGUUUACGUCGCAGGUUCCCAGCACUCCUCUAGCAACCUGGCGUCCUUCCACAAGCCUAUUCUCCCCAUAUCUUUUCCAGACACGUCGACGACGCUCUAAGAUUCAGAGCAGAGCGAGAAGUAGCGCAGAGACAUAACAUCAGCAUGGAGAUGCAGCAGAAAGCUGGCAGAAGGAAGACAGACCUCUUGUGUCUCUCACAGACAGCUGUGCUUAUCGGAUCUCACAUCACCUGUGCUGCAAACCUCCUCCUCCCUGCACUCAUGCAGUAGUGUGACGAGUAGGGAUGGAGGUUGGUAGCCUGCAGGCAGCCUGUGAGAAGCAGAAGGACGGGCAGCAAAGGAUGAUCAACACGAUGAAGUGAGGGCAGGAGCGAUCGUCUCUCGUAGGUCUAGACCGCGAGAGAUCGACUGAGAAAAUGCGAGGCCGUUGAGAUGACUUGACGUGACCUGUUGCUCCGAUCCUUUAUGUCCAAUGAGCCCUUGAAAGUCCACAGCGUCGAGGGAUAGAGAGCAGGCCUGUCUGGGUCGUUUGUGCUUGUCCCAAAGCUUUUUGGUCGUUGAGGAAAAGAGAAGAUCGUUCUCUGCUUUUCUCGUAGCCUGUUCUGCUGUUGCUGCUGCUCGAUGCGAUGAGCUCAGCAAGGAUCUGUUUUCAUACCCUGAGAUGCAUCAAGGCAGCCGCACAGGUAUCUCCAUCUCUGUCUCUAGCAUCGGCUUCAGCAGCUCUCAAGAAGCAGCACAAGCCUACUGAAUAUCUAUUCACUCGUCUGCUCAUCUACACUUAUCUCCUACUCAUCUACUCCUCUAUUCUUCUACGCGUCCACUCGUCUACACUAAUUUUCAACUCGUCUACGCGUCUACUCGUCUACACUAAUCUUCAACUCGUCUACUCGUCUACUCGUCUACACUAAUCUUCUACUCGUCUACUCUCCUCUCUAUCGCGAUCAGCAUGGCAUCCGGACUCUCCAGCGUGGUCAAGAUCGAGUCGGAGGAAGCGAGCUUCUCGCCCCACAUCCGCAUUCACAACGUAGUCGCGCUCGCCAGGAUCAAGGGCCCUCUCCGCCUCGACACGCGGCUGCUGGCUCGCAAGCUGAAGAACGUUCAGUACAGGGGAGACCUCAAGAACUGCUUCGCCGUCACUUUCUGGUUCAAGGACUGCUCUGCCUCCGCCACCGUCUUCGACACCGGAAGCAUCCGGCUGGCAGGAGCCAAGUCCGAGUCGGCGGCCUUGACCCUGAUGAGGAGGGUGGUGAGGAGGAUCGCGAGGAUCAUCGAGGAGGUGCGAGGCUUCGACAAGUUCAGGCUCGUCAACACGAUCGGGGGCUUCGAGACGAGGGGCUUCAUCGACAGAGAGAGGUCCUACCUCAGCCUCGCCCGCAAGCACCCGGCUACCUACGAGCCCGAGCUGGCAACGGGCAUCAAGGUCAAGCUCGAGUGGCUCAAGGUGACUGUGCGCAUUCAGCGGCAGAGUGUGCAGAUCUUCGGGGCGAAGAGACUCGGCGACCUGUCGCUCGCCAUGCAGACCGUGAUGCCGCUGCUGGUGUACGUACAGGAGGGAGGCAGCUACCGCUGACGGCCCGGGGAGCGGGAAGUCCAAGGCAGGAGGGAUGUGGUUUUUGGGUGAAUCCUAGGGAUCAAGUAUUAUUGACGAGUGUGAUUAAAUGAAUGUUUGUCUUU